ACCUUGAAGAUCCACCUGAGGACUCACUCUGGGGAGAAGCCCUACAAGUGUGACCAAUGCACAAAGCGCUACAGACAGCAAGGCGACCUGAAGACCCACAUGAGGACUCACUCCGGCGAGAAGCCCUACAGGUGUGACCAAUGCAUGAAGUGCUUCAGUCAGAAAGGCCCCCUGAAGAUCCACAUGAGGACUCACUCCGGGGUGAAGCCCUACAAGUGUGACCAAUGCAGGAGGAGCUUCAGUCGGAAAGACAACCUGAAGACCCACAUGUGGACUCAAUCCGGGGAGAAGCCCUACAAGUGUGACCAAUGCACGAAGCGGUUCAGUCUGAAAGGCACCCUGAAGAUCCACCUGAGGACUCACUCCGGCGAGAAGCCCUACAGCUGUGACCUAUGCACGAAGUCUUUCUGUCAGAAAGACUACCUGAAUAGCCACAUGAGAACUCACUCCGGAUACUUCUGA